ACAGCUCCUGACACAUCAUCUGAAGGUGGGCUCAGCCUAGGCCAGGUCUAGGUCACCUGACCAUAGUCUCAGUCCCAAAGCCGCCAGCUCUCCUUCCCAGAGUCCAGUGGUCAGGAGAAACAGUUCUGGUGUUUCUGAUAUCGACUCAGAAUCUGAUGAUUCCAGCAGGUCAACCAGCCCUAGAAAUUCACCUAAGGCAAAAAGAAGAAAAACAUCUCAGAGGGAUGAGUCUCUUGUCAUAAGUUAUAUUUGUAAGUUGAAGCCAAGAAAAGGCAGGUUUUUAUCAGAAAAGGCUUUGAGGGAUGGAAUCAAACCGGGUGUGUGGGUUAGUGAGUUGAAGAAAGGUAACCAGGCCACCUUACCAGAUGGGAGAAUCAUCAACCCAGAAGACUACAUUGAACCUGACACACCUGGGCCUGUCUUCAUUGUGGUGGAAUGCCCCAUGGAAAACUUUAUUGAUCCUGUGACAACCAACAGCCAGAUUGCAAAGUAUCAGGAAGAUGGUGAUGAGGAAAGACCAGCCAUCGUGGUGCACUUUACUCCUGCAGGAGUAGUGAAGAACACACAGUAUCAGGAGUGGAUCAGGAGGUUUGGGCCUGACACAGAACACCUGUUUCUGAAUGAAGACACCCAGACGACAUCUCACAAAGGCACAGCCUCUCUCCAGGCCUGUCUGCACACCAUACAGCCCACUGUGUUUCCUCUGCUGGCAGAUAAUGCCAUCAAGCCUGAUAGCCUGCCACCUCUCCCUCAUAAGCAUGUCCGAGGGGAGUGUCUGUUGACAUACUGGCUUUUCCACAGGGACCACUCACUACAAUGGGACAGAUCCUCCAUCCCAUUGCUGGACAAUGAGGAGGCUGUGAAGGGGGCCUUCGCACUGCCUGGUUUUGAGGAUAGUCUUCGAGAGAUGAAGGAAACAAUUUCAGCAACAGUUGCCGAUGAUACCACAGUCUCCCAGUCAUACCCAGAAGUGGUGUUCUUUGGUACAGGGUCGUCCAUCCCCAGUAAGAGGAGGAACGUCACGGGAAUCCUGGUCCAUCUCAGUGAGACUGAGUCCCUGUUGUUGGAUGGUGGGGAAGGCACAUUCGGACAGAUGUACCGUCACUAUGGUGACAAGGUGGACAGAGUGUUGGCUAACAUCAAGUGUGUGUUCAUAUCACACAUCCAUGCUGACCAUCACUUGGGACUGAUGAGAAUAUUCCAGGAGAGAAGAAGAGCACUGCAAACCCUUGGAGAGCCCCAGCAACCUGUGUUCCUGAUAGCCCCCCUGCCAUUUAUGUCAUGGAUCAACCACUACAGACUCAACUGUGAGAACAUUGGUAUAGACAACAAGGACUUCAUCGUUCUUCUCUGUAAAGACCUGUCAGUGUUUUCAAGUGAAGAGCAAAGCCAAGAGUUGAACAGCCUGAAGAAGAGGCUGGGUUUCACUCAGCUCCAGGUAGUGCCUGUCCUCCAUGUGUCCCGUUCCUAUGGCCUGGUUGUGACCCACAAGGAUGACUGGAAGCUGGUGUACUCUGGAGACUCCAUGCCUUGUGAUGCCCUCAUCUUGGCAGGGAAAGAUGCCACGCUGCUGAUACAUGAGGCUACAUUUGAUGAUGAACUCCACCAAGAGGCAAAACGCAAAAGACACAGCACCAUUUCCCAGGCUGUUGAUGUAGGGCUGCAGAUGAACGCCAGCUUCAACCUGCUGACACACUUCAGCCAGCGCUAUCCCAAGAUACCCCUCAUGGACCAUGGAGGAGAGAAAGUGGGCAUCGCAUUUGACCACAUGAAAGUGCGUCUGGGUGACCUGAAGCUCCUGCCUCACCUCAGCUCACCUUUGCAGGCCCUGUUCCAGGAGGACCUGGAGGAAAUGAAGGAGAAACAGAAGCGCCACAAACGGAACAGACUCGGGGGGCUGAUAGAAUAGAACUCUUCAAAUAAUACAGCAGAUAAAGAAUAUCUUAUGAAGAUAUGUCAAAAAAUGUAAUAUACUAAUAAUGCCUACCACCAUUAACUUAAAAACAGUGUACAAAAGAUGGUAUGCUUAUUAUGGAA